UGAAACCACUUCCUCCCCUUUCUCCCAAUCGGCCAUGUUUAAUUUGACUCAUUCAUGAAAAGUUAUGUAAACACAACAGUAAAGCCAUGGCCGCGAAAGCUACGCAGUGAGCGAUGCUCGGUUACAGAGCUGCAUCGUGAUCUUCCGUGUGGACGCGGCGCGUCGUUUCGUGCAGAGCGAGCGUUAAUCAGCAGCAGUGGGAAUAAAGAAUAGCGCGCGAGGCUUCGCCAGGAAAUCAUGAGGAAAAAGCAGAAUGUGAAAAACAGGAAAGCAGAAGAGACGACGGUCGUCCAGGAGUUUGCGGUGGAAAAAAUAAUCCGCAGGAGAGUCAACGAUGGAAAAGUCGAAUACUAUCUAAAGUGGAAAGGCUUCACGGAUGCGGAGAAUACCUGGGAGCCAGAGGACAACCUGGACUGUCCUGAACUGAUAGAAGAGUUUCUCAGAAACCUAACCGUCUCAGGAGAGACCGAACGAGAGGGGUGUCAGUCUCUUGACCUGGAGGUCCGGCCCAAGCAAGAGUUAACCGAGCUGGAUGCUGAUAUGGCUCACCAGCAGCCUCAGGAGGAGCUCAUCGAGAGGGGGAACGAGGAGGUUGAUGAUCAUAACGCCGAGAUCCCAGCAGGCCAGUCCAGCAACCCAGAACCAGACUGCAUCAUCGGAUGCACAGAUCAACAAGGAGAGCUCAUGUUCCUCAUCAAGUGGAAAAACGCCGACGAGGUGGCUUUACUGUCGGCCGGAGAGGCCAGUAAAAGGUGGCCAGAGAUGGUGAUCCGCUUUUACGAGGACAAGCUGACCUGGCACGGAGAAGACGAGCAGUGAGAGAGAAAUAUGUAGCAGUGGACACUACUGUACCUCCCGGCAGCUUUAAACACACACAAACACUGUGGCAUAGGUUUACCGUUUGAUGUACCGUGUAUUCAAAGUGUGCGAAUCCACACUCCAAUGUGAAGCUCUUCCCCGCACACCGACCUGUAGAAAUGUGACCGGAGCGCUAGGGCUCUGCUGUAGUGCAUGGUUUUACGUGGUUUACUAAUCAUUCAGAUGUCGUCGUAUCUCUCGCUCCGUUGUUUGAAAGUUCAUUCGUGACGUUUAUCAUUCUGUCCUCUUCGUUACUAUGAUCUAAACUGUGAUUACGCAUAGGAGAUGACGCCGGGUGGCACAAAACCUGCCGGAGAGAGAGCAACUGUUUGAUGUGUAGAUGUACUGUUAUCCCCCCCACCCCCCGGCCGCGCACUUAUUCAAGUUAUACUGUGACGGAUCCCGUGAUCUGCGAGGGUUACACGCAGGUAGAAGAUUUGCACAAAGCCCAUUCUAGAAUGUAGCCUAUACAAUCACGUUUUUUUUUGUGUCGGUUUCGUAGCGGUAGCGUAAACGGGCCGUUUGGGGUUUCGAGGUUUCGUGUUUUGAGCCGUUUGUCCUGCAGUUUCGAUCUCGUGCGCUUCCUGUUUUCUGUAAAGAUCACUGUUAACCUUUAAUCUCGAGUAAGGAAUCUCUAGGUGCUUUAAAUAAACAUAAAAUUACCUCAAAA